AGGACAAAUGUGGCCGUGUGCAUGUAGUAAAAUUGAAAAUUACCCUUCGGCUGUGACAGACCUAGGGCAGAGUUAUACCAUCACCAAGAUACACGUAUUUAACCGUCUAGACUGUUGUCCUGGAAGGCUGCACGAUCUGGUAGUUUAUAUAGGGGAUGAUAUAAACAGUCUUGCCCUUGUAGCACGUCGCACGGAACCUGUAGGUGCAACUUACACAUUUGAUUUCGAUGAAGGCGUGAGAGGACGCUACGUUAAACUGCAAAUUGAAGCGAAUGAAUUUCUCACGAUUUGUGAACUUGAAGUUUUCGGAUGUAACCAGAAAGUUUCAAAUAAAUAAUGAUAUUGCAA